CACCGGGACAACACGAAAGUUCCCUGACUACAACUUACAACAUACGUUUGUUUGUAGUUGCAAUUUGUUGCAAUUUUGAGUUGCACCUUGUAACAAUUUGUAACAAAACAAAUUUAAGUUUGAAUGCCGAACAAAUGAAUUUUUGUAUAAAGGAAAUUUGAAAUAUAAGUGAACAUGUUUGGAAACUCAAAACCAUUUGGAACAGCUUCUGCAUUCGGAGCAAGUACAUUUGGAAAUACUUCAACACCAUUUGGGCAAAGUACUACUGCCUUUGGUGCUAAGCCAGCAGCAAACAAUGUCUUUGGAUCUACUGGAUUUGGAGUACAAACACCAGCAGCGCCCAUGUCUGGCAGUCUUUUUGGAGGUAGCACCCCUGCCUCUGGUACUGGAUUAUUUGGUCAACCAACCACAGGUUUUGGUGCCCCUGCUUCUACUAGUAGUGGAGGAUUUGGAGGUUUUGGAGCUGCAUCAAAUAGUGGAGGUCUUUUUGGAGGAGCUACCCCUUCUACUCAGACAGCUGGUGGAUUGUUUGGUGCUACAAAUACUUCAGCUUUUGGCACGCCACGUCCUGCAUUUGGUGGAUUCGGAACUACUAAUACUGCAACUGGAUUAUUUGGUCAAAAUACUUCCACUGGCACAAGUCUGUUUGGAUCAACCGGUGUGGCUGGUGGAUUUAAUGCAGCUACCCAAUCUGGGACAACAAUUAAAUUUAAUGCUCCGACUGGAACAGAUACUAUGAUGAAAGCUGGUGUAUCCACAAGUAUUGGUACAAGACAUCAAUGCAUCACUUGCAUGAAAGAAUAUGAAAAUAAAAGUUUGGAGGAACUGAGGAUGGAAGAUUAUGCGGCAAACAGAAAAGGCGGUGGCGCUACUCCUGCUUUAGGUUUUGGGAAUACUACUCAAACAACUGGUGGUCUUUUUGGUGCACCUGCUGCAGCUUCUACAUCAGCUUUCUCCUUUGGAAAUACAACUCAGUCAAAACCACUUUUUGGUUCUACGGGAGGAAUGACAAAUAAUACAUUUGGAACUACAGGAGGAGGCUUGUUUGGAGGAGGAACACAACAAACUCAAAAUACAGGAUUGUUUGGCAAAUCUGUGGGAUUCGGUGCUCCCUCUACAUCUACAGCACCUGCUUUCAGCUUUGGUGGUACUAACAACACAUCUCUUUUUGGCCAAAAUAAUCAACAAAAGCCAUUAUUUGGACAAACCACGGGAACUACUGGUUUGUUUGGAAAUACAGCAACUACACAAGCUACAGGAUUUGGUGGUACCAGUACUGGCUUUGGUGCAUUUGGAGCAAAUACUCAACAAACUGGUGGUCUAUUUGGUGCUAAACCAACUGGAUUUGGAACAACAAAUACCACUACUACAAAUACUUUCAGCUUUGGAACUCCAAAUAAUAUGACUGGAGGUGGAUUAUUUGGACAAAAAUCUACUGCACCUGCUUUUGGCUCCACAGGAUUUGGUGGAAAUCAAACAUCUUCAUUUGGGUCAUUUGGUGCUACUCAAGCAACAGGAACUAAUUUGUUUGGUCAAAACAAACCUGCUGCAACACCGUUUACAGGUAAUUUAUUUGGUGCUGGACUUGGAACUGGAGCUUUUGGGAGUACACCAUCGAACUUCUCCAUGGGCGCCUUAGGAACUAACACUGGUACUUCCCUAUUUGGGGGCACUACAGCAAAUAAAGCUCCUGGAAGUUUUGGUUUUGGAAAUACAAAUCCUUCUACAUUUAGUUUUGGUGGAAAUAAUGCCAAUGCAUCAAGUUUUAAUUUUGGAGGAGCGUCGUCCCAACUGCCAUCUACUGAUCCUAAUAAUUCUAUGGCACUUCAGCAAAUUCAACAGCAAAUUUUAGCAAUGGCAUCGAAUCCUUUUGGUGAUAAUCCCUUAUUCAGAAUUCCUAUAAAGGAUUCAUCUCGAGAAAUAGAAGUACUGAAACCUACAAAUCCAUCAGCACAAAAAGCUUUAUUGAAUGAUAGUCAUUAUAAAGUUGAUUUACUGCCAACUGCUAAAAUAAAGCCUAAACCUUGGGCACCUGUUCCAUCAGGAAAAGUAUUUUUGUUUGAUGGUCUGGAAGAUGAAGAACCUAGUCUUGGAUCUGUUGCUUUUGUACCCAAAAGAAGCAUAAAGAAAUUAGUAUUGAAGAAUAUUGGGAAUUCUGAUUCCAGCCUUACUUUGACUUCAGAUGUAUCAACGAGUCAACCAACUCGAAUUGAUGUCUCAAUCUCCCUCAAAAGUCCUCAAAAUAUCACUGAUAAAAGUCAUGGGGAUCAAAAUGCACCAUUGACAACCAAUGUCUCUGAUAGAGAAAACAACACAGCAGAAAGAAGACUGCUAAGUGGAGGAGAAUCGCCUUCUUUAGAAAUCACACGAGAAAUUCUUUCUUCUAAGCCAGAUCUAGUUCCAAAUCUAGGUUCCAGUUUUAAUGAUAGUAUUGCUGCUUUGCACACAAACAAGCAAAGAUUCACUGGACAAACCAUCAAUGUGUGGAAUGAUUCUGCUGAUGACAGUAGAAAUUAUUCACUGGAUGAAUCAUUAAAUACAACUUCCAAUGUGGAUGAGGAAUCGAAUGUGAACUCUGCUGGGAUAAAGCUAACAAAAUCAGGAUACUACACAUUACCUUCAAUGGAGGAAAUAUCAUCAUUGUUUGAUGAAAAUAAAAGGUGUUUCGUAAAUAACUUCACGGUUGGCAGAAAAGGAUAUGGAAAAGUGAUGUUUCCUGGUGUUACAAAUGUUGCUGAUUUAAACCUGGAUGAAAUAGUGUGCUUUCAAAAGAAAGAAAUUACAGUUUAUCCUGAUGAUGAUAAGAAGCCACCUGUUGGAGAAGAAUUAAAUAAAAGGGCAGAAGUUACACUUGAUGGUGUUUGGCCUAUUGACAAGACAACUCACACAUUAAUCAAGGAUUCUGAUAGACUUGAGAAGAUGGGUUAUAAAGAAAAGAUUAGAAAUUCUACAACAAAAUUGGGAGCUAAAUUUAUUGAUUACAUCCCUGAUACUGGUUCUUGGAUCUUUGAGGUUGAACAUUUUUCAAAGUAUGGAUUAGAAGAUUCCGAUGAAGAAGAGAUGGAUGUUGUCAAACCAGUCGAAAAAAAUGCAGGCACUGAAAAUAAACAGGUUAAUGGAUUUCAAAUACCUGGGUUUGUGAAACAGACUGUACCAAAAACUGUUGGACUAUUCUCUGAUCAGGACAUGGAAAUAACGUCUCCUAAGACUCAUUCUACACAUUUGAACUUCAUUAAUGAUAAAAAUUUCAUACAAGAUUUCACAGGUACAGUUAAGCCCAUACUUAGUAGUAUGGGGGAUGCAGUGAAAAUUAAAGAAAUGAAAUCCUCUCUUUUUGAAGAAGGCCUGGAUGAUAGCAUGCUGGAUAACAAUUUCAUGCAAGACUUCACAAGCCCUGUCAAAUCUAUGCUUAGUAAUGUGAGUGAUGCAGUUAAAAUCAAGGAAAUGAAAGCCUCUCUCUUUGAGGAAGACAUGGAUGAUUUUAGUAUGAUGGGUUCUCCCUUGUAUACAGGUAAAAAAGACUCAUUUUUUUAUCAAAAAGAAAUACCAUCUCUUGUGUCAAUGCAAGCAACACCCUCAAUGUCUUAUGCUGAUCAGCACUUAGAUGUGUCUCAGAGGGAAGUGCAAAAAAAAAUUAGAUAUGACCAAGAAAAUGAGUCACCAUCUAUAUCGUCAUUUAAAAAACCAGAUAUAGGUAUUCAAAAAUCUCUUUCAAACCUUACCAUUUCAAGUACCAACCCACCAGAGUGGCUGACAAAAUUACCAAUAGUUAACAGUUCCACACAACAUGUGCCACCACAACCUAGUUCUAAAGCAAUAGCCUGCACUUCAAAUAAAAUAUGCUUAAAACGUUUUAAUGACUCUGUGUUGUUUGAUAAACAACAUCUUAUAGCAGAUGCUGGCUAUUUCAUGGGUAGAACAUUUAGAAAUGGAUGGGAUGCCAAUAGUGUAUUUACUUGUUUAAAUAGUUCAGAAGAAGAUAAAACUGACCCUCUUCAGAAGCUUUUUUUUAAAGCAAUGAAAAGGCCUAGUAAAACCUCUCAUCAGAAGUCUAGUUUUGUUGUAUCUCUAAAGAAAAUUCCAAUGCAUUUGUUAGCUGAUACUAAUGACAGAGCUGAGAAUUAUUUAAUUGAUGUUUUGAAACUUCAACUCAAAAAUUCUGCCUCUACUAUGGAUAAUGGUGCACCAUUAUUUAUUUCUAAGCCUGGAGUUGAAUUGAUUCAUGAACUUGCUAAUCUUUUUGAGAAACAACUGUCAGUUGCAGAUCCAUUUGUUCAAGAAACUGAUUUUAUCAGACAGUGUGUGUAUGUGUGGGAUCUGUUAGUAUCUCUUUGGGGUAAAAUUCGAGAUCUGCGUACUGAUGAAAAUACUUCUAAUUUUGCAAUACAAAUAGCUAGAAGACGAGCAUUAUCUAAUUGGUUAAUAAAAUCAACUGAAUGUGAUUUGAAGAAAAGAAUUUCUAAUGUGUCAAAAGAUGGAUAUUUAAAGAAAAUUUUCUUAUCUUUGAUUGGUCGUCAAACAAAAGAAGCAAUUCAAUUUGCUCAAGAGCAUAGAGACUUUCGAUUAUCUCUACUGCUAGCUCAAUCAGAAGGCACUUCUAUUGUUCGUAAUCUGAUCAGUAAACAACUUUUCAACUGGGAAGAAAGUGAUGCAUGUAAAUUCAUAAGUGAAGAUAGAAUACUUAUUUAUACACUAUUAUCUGGAAUGUUGGUAUGGGAAAAUAAAUUUUGCUCCAUCAACUGCUGUCAAGAUUUAAGUUGGAAAGAAGCUCUCUCAUUAGAGCUUUGGUACCACUGUAACCCUAAUUCUAGUAUUCAAGAAGCUGUGAAUCAAUAUGAUAAGUCAUUUGAGAGCAAGUAUUCAUCACCUCCUUACCCAUCUUACGUGGAAGGAAUUGAAAUAGAAUCAGAAGAUCAUUAUUCAAUAACUGAAUAUGAUACAUGUUACCAUAUUCUAAAACUCUACUGUGAUCGAAGUUAUCGCUUUGAGCUCUUAUUGAUGCCAGAAACAUAUACAACGGACCAUCUUGAUUAUAGAUUAAGUUGGUUAUUGCAUUUAGCUCUUACCUCAAUCGGUUUUAAUAUUCCCUCUGAUUUGGCAUGUACUCUUCAUUCGAAUUUUGCUUCUCAGUUGGAAUCCCUAGACAUGUGGCACUGGUCCGUAUUUGUUAUUCUUCAUCAUCCUGAUGCAACUUGGCGAACUAAGACUGUGAAAGAUAUUUUAUUACGGCAUGUUACCCUUGAACAAAACAAGCUGAUGUCUGUGAAAGAAACUUUUUUGCUUGAAUCUCUUUUGAUUCCUGAGCAAUGGAUUUAUGAAGCUAAGGCAAUUAGAGCUGGCAAUGAAGGGAAUAGGGCUGAUGAAGCUUGGUAUUUGCUAAAAGCUGGAUGUUGGAGUAAAAGUCAUAAAAUUGUCUUAAAAUAUUUGGUCUCAAAUGCUGUAAUCAAUGAAGACUUUGAAUUUCUUAUGAGGUAUUUGAAUGAACUUUCCCCUCCUGAAAGAAGUUGUACCAUUCAAGAUUGGAAUAGUGGUGGGCAAGUUUACUUGGACUAUAUACAUAUGUGCCAGGUUGUUCAAGAAGUUUUGAGUCAUGAAGCUAGUGCUUAUGACUUAGAAAAGUUUGCGCCAGAAGUUGUGUGCCUAUGUAAACGAUUAUCAAGUAUACCUAUUUCUUCAUUAAAAGACAGUCUUAGUGUUGCAGAAAUGGCUAAAAAGACUGCGACUAUUUUAAGGUCAAUUUGUAUCUUACAAGCAACUAGAAAUAAAAGCUCUAGUUCCUCAACUAGUUUGUCUCAAUCUCUCAAACACUUACCGAUGCCUCAUGACUACGCUGUUCCAGAAUGCAGAUUUAUAACUCAUUGUUUCGCAGAUGAAAUUACUUCUGGGAAUUAAAAGAAGAUUUUAUAAAGAUAUUAUACUAGACGAAGUGUGCUUCAAUGUGUUGAAUUAUUUACGGUGGUUUUAGUUUUCAGUAAUAUUUUUCUUUCAUGUAUAUUUGACAUUUUUAAUAUUUCACUGUGAUAACUUUCUAUUGAAUUAUCCCAUCAAGUUGUAUGUAUGAAUUGUUCACAAAGUCAUCACAGAAAAAAAUUGUUUUGUUGUUCAUAAGAGUAGUUGAAUAAAAUUGUGAAGUCAUUUAAA